ACGCGAAUAGUAUUGGCCGAGAGUAAAAUUCAUUUGUUGGGUGCAUAUCAAAACAUUAGAAUCGCACGGAAUGCAAUCUCAUCGCUUAUUAUGGGAAGCCCACCGUCUAAGGUGUACGGUAACUUGAGGAAUUUAGCAAGUCGUGCCAGUGAACGUCUCUGA